AUGGAGGACCAAAACGCAGCAGGUUUCGGGAUGUCCACUCCAGUGACGGUAGCAGGGAAGGUAUUCCUGAUCUUCUACGGUCUCCUCGGCUGCGCCGCCACCAUCUUGUUCUUUAACCUUUUCCUGGAACGCAUUAUCACCCUCCUGGCCGUGGUCAUGAAGGCCGUGAGGGAACGGCGCAUUCGGAACUCCGGCCUUCUCCCGCCGGGUAUCCGCCAUGACUUCUCAGCGUGUUCUUUCCCGGGGUGGAAGCCGUCGGUCUACCACGUCAUGUUGAUCCUGGGGCUAUCCGCCAUCAUCAUCUCCUGCUGCGCCUCGGCCAUGUACACUCCCGUGGAGGGAUGGGCCUACCUCGACUCACUCUACUUCUGCUUCGUCACAUUCAGUACCAUCGGCUUUGGGGACCUGGUGUCGAGCCAGAGAGCAGACUAUGAGUACCAGCCGCUGUAUCGUCUGGCCAAUUGCCUGUUCAUCCUUAUGGGCGUGUGUUGCAUCUACUCUCUGUUCAACGUCAUCUCCAUCGUCAUCAAACAGGUGCUCAACUGGAUGCUUCAGAACUUAUGCUGCCAGCGGUGUAAAACCAUUUCCAACUCUUUCCCAUUGGGUCGCCGCAACGCCAUCCGGCCUGGUUCGAGAAUCCGUAAAGGUCGCUUCCGAAUCAAACGCACGCCGGACUCGGGGGAUUCGGGACCCUGCGAAAGCGACGUGGAGGGAGGAGGACGCAGACUCUCGGGAGAGAUGAUUUCAAUGAAGGACCUGACGGCCUCAAAUAAGGUCUCACUGGCACUCAUGCAGAAGCAGUUAUCAGAGUCCGCUAACGGUUAUCCAAGAACGGUGUGUGGGGGCUCGAGACAUAACGGGUUCUCUGGAGGAGUGGGUGCUCUGGGGAUCAUGAACAACAGGCUGGCAGAGACCAGCAACUCCAGGUAGAACUGAGCAGUGUUUCUCGACUUCUAGUCUGUGGACAGGCACUGGUCUGUGGGCUGGGACUUUCAGUCCGAGAGAUGAGUAGCUGACUUAAUUUAAGCGCUCCCUCAAGGAGUAAAGACCAUAGACUGCUUGUCUUAAUGAAAAGGUUGAGACACACUGGAGAGAACCCUGCAGGAGAAUGUGCUUAAGAAGACAUCCUGAUGGAGAGAAACAGAGUCGCUUUAAGAUUCUGCAAGGUUUCAUGUGAUGAACUGUACUUGCUAUCACUCUUGUCAUGCUUGAUUAUGUCUGGUUCUUCGUUGGAAGAGCAUGAUGAUAUGCAUGACAUUUUUGGGGAUGGAAUCAACAUCCUGUGAUGAUUGAGGGUGAUGAUGAUGAUGAUGAUGAUGAUGGACAGUUGUAAUGAUACUGUGGGAAGGAAAGUAACCUUCUUGUAACUGAACUUUGGAAGGUUAAAACACUUGAGGAUGCCAUGAGGCUAUGACCUUACAUUUUUCUCUCUGACUCAAAGCAACCGGAGAACAUUUUCACUGAUAUAGCAGUGGUAUUCUUCAGAAUAAUUAGUUAGUAGAUCUCUGAGGCUGUAUGUAUCAUGCGUCUUAGAUAAGAUACAGAGAGAGAGAAAGCGAGAUAGAGUAGGAGUGCUGAUCUAGGAUCUGAGACUUGAUACAUUUUGACUUCUACAGUGUACUAUACUGGAAGAGGCAACUCUGUGUGAUCAUCAUUAGGCUACAUCAUUAUCGCUUCUGAGCUUUUUCAAUAAGUAUGGCAUUUAUAAGUAGAUUUGAAUGUAAAGGUUGAGUUGGUACUGUAGCUGUCAUUUCUGUAUGGUAUAACUAUGCAUUCCAUGUCUCAUGGUGAAGAACAAUAGAAACUCAUCUACAUAUCAGAUCCACUUACAGACCUGUCCUGAAGUAUGGAAGCUAAAUCACAGAGAGACUAACCUUACAGACCUGUCCUGAAGUAUGGAAGCUGAACCCUAGAGAGAAUAACCUUACAGACCUGUCCUGAAGUAUGGAAGCUGAACCCUAGAGAGAAUAACCUUACAGACCUGUCCUGAAGUAUGGAAGCUGAACCAUAGAGAGAAUAACCGUAGGGAUGGCAAACCUAGUCUCAACUAUGUGAAUAGAAUGACUUGAAUGGAGAGUCAAGCCAUUCAUGUCAAUGUUCUGUGAUGGGUGGGCCGGCGACCAUAUUGAUUGUACCCAUGCGAGGAAGUACAAGCAAGAAACCAUUAUAUUUCUAUGGUCUCAACCAAUCAUCUUGAUACUAGUCUAAUCUUAAACUCAGGUGACUGAUUCUGUUGGGGAAGAGGAGACAGGUUCAGCACGUCCCUAAUCGCCCCGCAACCCUUCCUUCUGGCCCUAGCGCUUUGAUGUUUAACAAUCUGUAAGGUAGAAGCAAUAUGGUGGAAGCUCCAACACUUCACUGCUGAUACCUAUCCAAACCCUUCAGAUCUGCCAAUUUAGGGCCAAGGGGAAGGGUAAAACAAAUAAUUCAGACUGGCUGGUGUUUUCGUAUGGGGUUCAUGCUACUGCUGUACUGUGAUGUAGCCUACAGACCAGCUCUGUUAUGUCAGUCAAUUCAGUGAGCUCCUAGUAAGAUAUUCCGCAACUGAGCCUGAGUGCAGGUCUUCAAACAGUCAUUUCCUAUUUCUCAAGAUGGAUGAGUGCAGCGAGGAGAGGGGAGGUAGGGAGCUCAGAUCAUGUUUCAGGUCAAAGAGUAUUCUACUUACUUUAUGGAUGUCUGCAGGCUAGAACUCCUCUCCUCCUCCUGUUCCCCUCUUCCCCUCUCCUUUCCUCUUCUUCUCCUG